AUGGGUCCGAGUGCACCUGCGAUGGGUGCCAACAUGGGCUAUUAUGUUAAUCCCAUGGACAGGCGGCCCAUCUACACAAAUAAUCCAAUGGGAAAGCCAUAUAGUGGUGCAGGUUACCGAGAUGAUGCCUACAGACGUCCGCGUGACGAUUAUCGCGGCGGCAAGCGUCCAAGAGGUAGAAGUCCGGUUAGUGACAGGCGAUCCCACGGCCAUGACACCUACCAACGCAAAGACAGCAGAUCUGGUAGGAGGCCUCAAUAUACCGGUCGCUACGAGGUGAAAUUCCCCAAACUUCCACUUACUUUAAUGUCUGCGACGGUUCCCGAACUCAAGCUUAUGCACUACAAUCUUAAUAUUCCCGCCGAUUUUUCCAAGGCUUGUUUCACGUGGCAGGAAGCGUUCCCGUUGCACGAGCCGAUGCGGAUCGCCACUAAAUCGGAUGUAUACAUUUUGCACAAGGAUGUGGAGACACACUUUGUUCAUCCGACUAACGCUCUGAACGUUCCGGAUGCGGAUUACUCGUAUUCGGUUCGUGUAAUGCCGGUUGCUUCACCUGAGCUAGGCGAUUUGUAUAAACAAACCUUCCGUGCUGCUGAUGAGAAGGUUGACUCUGAAAAGAUCCCGGCUAUUAAGAAUAUACACUUUUUAGUCGGUGGAAAGUCGAAAAGUGAGACACUGGCCAUCGGAGGUCCCUGGUCACCCAGUCUGGAUGGCCCAGAUCCGGAUAGCAAUUCGCAAACGCUCAUUAACACAGCUAUUAGGACUUUCAAGGGGUUUACUGGCGUAGAUCUAUCAUCUGUAACCGAGUGGGUGCGCUUCCUCGAGAUUCGCUACUAUCGGGCUGCUGCCACAAAAGCUCCUACGAUGACCGAGGAGGAGGAGGAGCGCGAGAUCAGCGAGGACAAGCAGGAAGUUGUCGUCUUCUUCAUUCCCGACAUUUCCCAUCUUGUGCCGUCUGAGGAAGAGUGGGAAAAGACAAAAAAGAUGUACACGGACGCUUUUCAAAAGCUGUUUGAGUCUCCGGAAUCGGAGAGGGCGGAAGAACCUACCAAAUCUGAGCAACCUGUCUCUGAGCCGAUGGAGACUGCUCAGGUCUCUGAGUCAGUCUUAGACGAAAGUCAAGAGAGCUCCCACGCUGAGCGUGCUGAAGGAGAACCAACUCACUAUUCAAAACUGGAUAUCAAUAGCAUGAAGGUGACGGAGCUGAGGGCUGAGUUGAGUGCUCGCAAUCUUGACUGCAAGGGGGUUAAAGCUAGCCUUGUGUGCCGCCUACAGAAUGCGCUUGAUGAUGAGAGGAAGGCUGAGAUGACCGAAUUGAAACAUGCUGAAACUCCGGCGCCGGAGGAACCCACAAAGGUGGCGGCCGAAGAUGCGCCGUCUAGUCUGGCUGAAGCCUCUGGGCAGCCAAAGGAAGAACAUCAGCAUCAGCAACAUCUGUCGAAGGAUAUGUCAGAAAAAGAACGUCGUCGCUUGGAGCGCCUCUAUCGGUUGGGCGAUAAGCCGGCUAUCCUUGUUCACCCUAACAGGGCAGCGCGUGGUGGUCGUUUCGAUUGUCACCGCGUCUCACUUCAUUCUCUCCUCAACUACCAGGGUGAGGAGCAGAAGGAGCUCAACUUUGAAGUGUCUCUGUUUGCGGAGCAAUUCCAUACUAUGAUGCAGCGUGACUGCGCUUUCACUAUCUUCAAGGCCAUCUACUCUGCCCCCGAAAAGGAUGGAAAGUCCGAUCAAAAUGGUCACGAUGAGCCGGAUCCCAAACGUCGACGUGACGACGACUAUGAGGAGUUGUCUCCAGCAGGUGAUGACGAGGAAUCAAGCAAGCAAAGAAAGAUGCGCCGCACUGUUGACUUCGAUCUACUCUUCGCUUUUACCUUCUUCGACCUCGGUCACGCCGGGUUUAUUCGUGAUCACGAUCUGACUACUAUCCUGCAUCUUCUUAAUCUGGGUUACUCCAAGGCCCAGAUGAAAAAACUCGUCUCCAAGGUGUCGCAUCGCGAAAAUGUUCGAUUCAGGAACUUAACUGAUCGCGCUGUUGUUGAAGGAGAUCCCAACGACGUUGCGACAUUAAAGCUGAAUUCUUGUGAUCCUGAGUUCGUUCGUGAUCUUGCUGCUGGGAAUGAUCUUCUCUUCGGUGGCGAAAAACCACAAGGCGCUUCGAAAAUAAUUGUCGCUUCUUCGGCUGGUGGUGAGGAGCUUCUCAAGCGCGUUGAAGCGGCUGAAGAAAACAAAAAGUCCAUGGAAUUCCAAUUCUUCCAGAUUAAGGAAGAACUCGAGAGGACCCGAUCCCGUCUGAACGUCUGUAAAGACUUCGAAGAUCGCCUCAAGAAAGAGAAUCGUGAAUUCCAAGAAAAGCUGCGUGAAGAGCAACGGGCAAGUCGAGACAAUAAGAGCCUUGUUGCGACCUACAACUACCUGUUGAGACAUUCGCGAGAACUCUUGACGAGCGUAGUGAGUGAAAUCGACAAGCAGUUCGAGAAGGAGAAGGUCAAGCGUGAGACUGAAAAGGCGGCGGCUGAAGUAGAGAAGGCGAAACGUGAAUCUCUUGAUGGGACGGACUUGUCUGGAAAAUCGUUGAAGGAUGAAGCUUGUGCUUCUGUUGCAACCGAUGAUGACGCGGGCUCGAGAGGUGCACAGAAGAAUGAAGAUAAAUCGGAGUGGGAGUUGCUGCGCGGAUCUCAUGGCGAACAGUGCUUUGAAGAGGCUCGGGGCAAGAUCUGGUUCCAAGUUCGUCUCACUUCACCGUUUGAUAAUGUUAAUUCCAUCCUUGGAUCCGUUCCUAGCCGAUCAGAGUUGCCCAUGGAGGCACUUCUCAUGCAACGAUAUGCACAAAAACUUAUGACCGGAAACGGAGAGGAGCACAUGUCGACCGUAUGGGAUGACCCAUUCGUGUCUGCUGAAGUUUACAUCCUAAUCAAAUGCCUUAUGGGUGAAAUUGCUGAUACGACGAAGGGGGAACUGUUAAGUAUCCGCGAGGAGUCGAAUUCUUCCCUUGAAAAGGCGAUUUGUUUCGAGAAUCCUCCUUUAAAUUUUGAUGGUGAAGGUGACGAAAACAGUUGCGGUAACGAGGAAGCUGGCUACAAUCUCUCAAAACGCGCUCUCCUUGAGAACAGACGGUCCGAGCUAUCCGAACUGCCCACUUUAGAGCGGAUGCCGUUGAAACGAGAGGAUCGCCAUCUCAUCGAUGUCUCCAACUACUUCCUCGAGCAGUCGCUUUGUCCCAACGAAGCGCCGAGCACCAGUGCCACCACCUCUCCCACUGUCGUCACUCAACUUUUCUCUCCUGGACAGGUACGAGAACUACUUUUGAAGCAGCCUUCCUUCAGUCAGACAAUAAAAGAGCGGGAAACAGAUGAAGGCGUGAAUCCAUGGUGUUUCAAAUUCAGCAAGGUAUUCUGGACCAAAGUAGCUCCCCGAGUGGUUGAUUGGUCUAGCUAUUUCGUUGUCAGAUCAGCAUCGCCUUCUAAGUCCAUCUUUCAGUUCGGGCAACAGCGCUACGCGGUACAGUGUCGUUUGGGUUCUGGAACCUAUGGUAUUGUCUACUUGGUUCGUCUCCUUCCCCCCCUAGACGCCAAUUCAGAUGCUGCUACUGCUCUAAUGGAUACCACCACUGUGGGAUGUCUUCCAGAACAGCAGCAGCGAAUCAGUAACAAUGGUGCUUUAGCCGGCAUCCUGCGAGUGGUUAAGGUGGAGAAACCAGACUUUCCACUGGAGUUUUACUACAUGCGUGAGACGAGGAGGCGUGUUGUCUCCGCUUUCCGUAGCGGUAGGAUCGCUAUUGACGUGCGGCCCUCAAUUUGUCCCGCUUUGGCACUCACUCACAGCGUCGGGCACUUUACCUGCUUGCUCAUGCCCUUCUACUCGGUGGGCCUGUUGAAUUUGUUAAACUAUGGUCUCUUGCCUCGGCAACUAAUAAGUUCGAAAAAGAUUAAGAAUGGCAGAGCGCUGCAGUCAUCUCUGAGGCCCUCUCUCCGCCGCUCUUUGUCACCAUCGUCACCACCAUCACUUUUGCGAUAUGAAGAGGAGCUGGUGGCGCUGUACCUCAGUCUGGAGCUCCUAUGGAUUGCCGAAGGACUGCAUAAUCAUGCAAGAAUUAUUCAUGGCGAUAUUAAGCCGGAUAACCUCCGAAUUAAUGAUCGGUUUCCCCUUUUGGAUGUCUCGGUGUUGGAUGAGACUGUGACGAAUGCAGGAACGGAGGAAGAGGGGAUGGCUGGCGACGAUUUCACCGGUUGCCUGAUGUCUGGCCGAUGCACGAAGGUCCUGGUGCUCCUGGAUUUCGGACUCUGCAUUGACAUGGCCCGAUUUCCACCGGACACGGCGUUUAAGGUAGAAAAGAAGCGCUCCUUCCCUUGCAUCGAGAUGCUCACCGGUCGGCCGUGGACCUAUCAGGCAGGUCUUGCCAUCACUGCUUUACCGUCUCAGCACCUCUUACUGGACUUGUUUAACAUUGCCGGUGUAAUCUACACUCUGGUCUUCAAGCGCUACAUGGAGGUGGAAUGCUUCAACGGCGAAUGGCGUCCCAAGGCCCUGCCACGUUCAAACCGAGUCUACCGAGCGAUAGAGGUCUGGCGCAGCAUCUUCUCCGCCCUUCUAAACGUGCGUAGCUGUGCGUCCACUGAUUAUCCCGACCUGGCCGGUUUGCGGGCACUGUGUGAAGCGUUCCUACGCGACAAUGCAGCCGACUACAAUGUGGCCGCUGAGAAGGCGAACGCCAUCAUCGCUCACUUGAGUCCGGGGUUCAAUGGAUGA